AUGGAGGCACCCAUUCCCUCGGGCAUGGAGAAGCCUCCUCAUCUAAAAGAAUACGAUGGAGUCUCUGACCUGGUCGAUCACAUAAACCGGUUCGAGGCUAUGCUGCACUACCAUAACAUCGGGGGACCCAUCAAAUGCCGGUUGUUCCCCACAACCCUCAGGAAAGUGGCAAUGAAUUGGUACAAGGGUCUUGCCCCGGGGUCAAUCACCUCGUGGCGAAACUUGAAAAACCAAUUCAUAAGCUCGUUCACCGCGUCACGGCGACAUCCAAAGACCGAAGCAGCACUCGAGGCCAUCGUCCAGAGGCAGGAUGAGACCUUGAGAGAAUUCAUCAACUGCUUCAAUCGUGAAGCCAUCCAGGUCCCCUGUACGGACCACAUGAAAAGAUACCUGCUGGAGAGGGGGCUCCUCCCCGGCACAGAGUUCAGGAAAGCAGUGGGCAUCGAACCACCCCGAACGUUCGAUGCUCUCCUAGAGAAGGCCAGGGCCUACAUGGACUACGAGGAAAGAGAAGCGGCCAACAGAGCCCGUGACCCCAGGACUCACGGAUCCAGCAGCAACCCGCGCCAAGAAUCCAUUCCUCCUCGACGAACCGAGGAGAAAAGAAAAGACGACAAACCCCGGGAUGUCCGAGAACAGAGAGGAUCCUCGGGGCGUUUCACAGAGUACACUCUGCUCAUGGCUUCCCGCAAACGCAUCUUGGCGGAGUGUGCCAAUAUAGAUAUCAAAGAUGGCGGCGUCAAGCUCCCCCGACCAGUUCCUGCCAAGCCCGGGGUGGACAGGAGUAAAUACUGUCAGUACCAUAAGAGUCAUGUCCAUCUGACUGAAGACUGCGUCCACCUCAAAGACGCCAUCGAGACCCUCAUAAAAGGGGGGAGACUCGCCCAAUACCGGUGA